AUGGCUUAUCGACCACCGCAUCGACGCAACGUACGGACGCCGGAUUCGCCCGCUGGCGCUGCUUCGAGGGUCCCCCGCGCAGAUCACGAUUCCGGCAGAGCUUCAACAAACAAACGCACCCCCCAGUCUGAAUUACAUCACCUUUCGAGGCCGGCUGGUUCAGGGAACGACGAGACUUUGGCGCAGUCUCAAUCUCCACUGGGAUCCCAAGGUAGCUCGCGGUUCAGCGCUCGCUCAAGCCAAGGACAACCUGGUCGACAGGGAGCAGCUGUGUCUGAAGCACAUGCACAAAGCUGUUCGACUGGAACGGCGGAUCGAGGGAAGAGCAAUCGAUUCCGGCGUAUCCCCUCCCAAUCAAAUCCGUUACCCCGCCAUGUUCCCGACAUGGCUGACCGAGCCGUCGCUCAGAUGACCGAGGUGACGGCAAGGGAAAGUCAAGCUCCUCCAACACGUAUCGAGUUCAGGUCCGAACCAUCACGUACAUCGCAAAUGGGACCUGCAGGCCAGGUGCGUCGUUUCGGCGCGGCACCCCAAAAGCACCACCCAACAUCCAGCUCCUCCUUUCAACUGGAAUCGCCGUCUUCUGAUCUAAAACCUACGACUCGGACGUUCACGCCCAUCCCCAACGAAAUGGAGCUGCUUGCCAGCGUCUCCAGAAGCGGCGGUACGGAAGAGGGCGACGCUUUGAAAUGCUACGACACCCAGGAGCGGCUACGAGGGUAUAUCGAUGAGAAGAUUCGCCGAUACCACUCUGGACCGGAGGACAGUGCCGACACGCUGAAGAACAUUGUGCUGCUAUUCCGAAAGUUGCGCGAGGGUGUCAUUGCUUCAGGACGAUUAGACGAAUUCACGAUUGAGGUGUUCGAGGAAUCGGUGCGGUACGCAAUUCUCGCCCGUGAUCAGGCUCAGUUGCAUUCGGCACUGCAUGGGCUGGUCCCCGACCUGUACAUGAAGGUGGACGAGAAAGUCAAAAGGGAAGGAAGCUCGCGCGACAGCGUCCCGCACGUCGUCCGUCACAUUCGGAGUCUGUCGCUCAGUAACGGCAAGGGACGGAAGGACAAUCGCGAGUACUUCAGCAGCCUGCUCCUCAUCUAUCAUCUGGUCCACUCGACGCGAGAGGCGUAUCAGCGCACGUUGGAGGAGCUCACACUACCGCCGUUGCCGUUGCUUCGACCUCAGCCGCUACCGCUGGACCCGCCGGACGAGUCUGACAAACCCGGCCCUCAACCAUCACCACAGAUCCAAGCGUCGGAAGGGCCAAAGGUCUCGUUCGUCUCGGCCAAGUCGCAGUCGUUCGCUCGGGCAGCAGCUGAUGCGCUGGCUGCUGAGCGGCUAGACCCCAUCGCGUUCCACCGCCUCGUCAGCGGCGAGUGCUGCAUCCUCAAAGACCCGAAGCCCGAAGCUCUUGAGCGGCUAUUACUGUCAUGGGCUGCACCGCGAGUGCGAGAGCUCGCGGUUCCGAUAUUCAAGAAGUGCUACAUGUCGGCCAGCAUCGAGUGGGCCUCACUGAUUCUCGGACUGGAGAAGAAGGGUGUGGAGAUGUGGGCUCUCGCCAACGGGUUCAGUGUCCGGGACGGGAUCCUUAAGCUUAGAUGA